CCAGGCAUAUGGGUUCAUUAAUUUGCAGUCCUCGGUGGCUCGGAUCUGUGUGCCGUGUCCAAACUGGGAAUGAGCUCUCUGCUGCUUUGGUUGUUUUGUGGUAGCAGAGGCUUGGAGUAGACAAGAAAUAGAAGCCCCUCUUCCUCUCGGUGGGUUUUAGAGAUCUGCAUUCAACUUUCUCUUCGUCACUAAGGAAGUUUGGGUCCUUUUUUUUCUGCUCAGAAUGGCAACUAACUCGGUUUCCAAGCUUUCAAUGUUGGUUUUGGGGCUUUUCUUUGUUCUGGGUGUUCAGCUUGUUCAAUGUAGUGUGACAUAUGAUAGAAAGGCCAUUUUGAUUAAUGGGCAGAGGAGAGUUCUCUUCUCUGGCUCUAUACAUUACCCCAGAAGCACUCCUGAGAUGUGGGAAGAUCUGAUACAGAAGGCAAAAGAUGGUGGUCUUGAUGUGGUUGAAACCUAUGUAUUUUGGAAUGUCCAUGAGCCUUCCCCUGGCAAUUACAAUUUUGAAGGGAGAUAUGAUCUGGUGAGGUUCAUAAAAACCAUUCAGAAAGCUGGACUCUAUGCAAAUCUACGUAUUGGACCUUAUGUUUGUGCAGAGUGGAACUUUGGAGGGUUUCCUGUUUGGCUGAAGUAUGUCCCAGGAAUUAGCUUCAGAACAGAUAAUGAACCUUUCAAGAGAGCAAUGCAGGGAUUUACAGAAAAAAUUGUGGGGAUGAUGAAAAGUGAAAAAUUGUUCGAGUCCCAAGGUGGCCCCAUCAUUCUCUCUCAGCAUGCAAUGGUUUCUAUUGUGAUGCAUUCUCUCCCAAUAAACCUUAUAAACCUACAAUGUGGACAGAGGCUUGGAGUGGAUGGUUUAACGAGUUUGGGGGUCCAAUUCACCAGAGGCCGGUUCAAGAUUUGGCAUUUGCCGUUGCUCGGUUCAUUCAGAAAGGAGGCUCCUUUGUUAACUACUACAUGUACCAUGGAGGGACAAACUUUGGCCGCACAGCAGGGGGACCUUUCAUCACUACCAGCUAUGACUAUGAUGCUCCAAUAGAUGAAUAUGGUUUGAUCAGGCAACCAAAGUAUGGUCAUUUGAAGGAGCUCCAUAGGGCGGUGAAGAUGUGCGAAAAAGCUUUAGUUUCAGCAGAUCCAAUUGUGACUUCAUUAGGGAGCUCUCAACAGGCUUAUGUUUACACAUCAGAAGGAGGAGAUUGUGCAGCCUUUCUUUCAAACUAUGACACAAAUUCAGCUGCAAGAGUGAUGUUCAAUAACGUGCACUAUAAUUUGCCUCCAUGGUCCAUCAGCGUCCUUCCUGAUUGCAGAAACGUAGUUUUCAAUACCGCCAAGGUUGGAGUUCAAACGUCGCAACUGGAAAUGCUACCAACAAACUCUCCCCCACUCUCAUGGGAGAGCUACAAUGAAGACAUUUCUGCUGAGGAUGAUAGCAGGACAAUGACUACUUCUGGUUUACUGGAGCAGAUAAAUGUUACCAAAGACACUAGUGACUACCUAUGGUAUAUUACUAGUGUAGAUAUUGGUUCAACAGAAUCCUUCCUGCAUGGUGGAGAACUUCCCACACUGAUUGUUCAGUCAACUGGCCAUGCUGUGCAUAUCUUUAUUAAUGGGCAGCUUUCAGGUUCUGCCUUUGGGUCGAGAGAAAAUCGGAGAUUCACAUAUACCGGCAAAGUCAAUUUUCGUGCUGGACGAAACACGAUUGCACUCCUGAGUGUUGCUGUUGGACUGCCAAAUGUUGGGGGACACUUUGAAUCAUGGAACACUGGAAUUUUGGGUCCAGUUGCUCUUCAUGGACUUGACCAGGGAAAAUGGGACUUAUCCUGGGCUAAAUGGACCUACAAGGUCGGGUUGAAAGGAGAAGCCAUGAAUCUUGUAUCUCCGAACAGCAUUUCUUCAGUCGAAUGGAUGGAAGGAUCAUUGGCUGCACAAGCACCGCAACCACUGACUUGGCACAAGAGUAACUUUGAUGCACCUGAAGGAGAUGAGCCAUUGGCUCUAGACAUGAAGGGAAUGGGGAAGGGUCAAAUAUGGAUUAAUGGACAGAGCAUUGGAAGAUACUGGACUGCAUAUGCUACUGGUAACUGUGAUGAAUGCAAUUAUGCUGGAACCUUUAGACCUCCCAAGUGUCAGCAGGGUUGUGGCCAGCCAACACAAAGAUGGUACCAUGUGCCUCGUGCUUGGUUGAAGCCAAAAGACAAUCUGCUAGUAGUCUUUGAGGAACUUGGAGGGAAUCCCACAAGCGUCAGCUUGGUGAAGAGAUCAGUUACCAGUGUCUGUGCUGAUGUCUCUGAAUACCAUCCAACUCUUAAGAACUGGCACAUCGAAAGCUACGGAAAGUCGGAGGAUUUACACAGACCCAAAGUUCACCUUAGAUGUUCUGCAGGUUAUUCCAUAGCUUCCAUAAAAUUUGCAAGCUUUGGAACUCCUUUAGGCACCUGCGGGAGCUACCAGCAAGGAACUUGCCACGCUCCUACAUCAUACGACACUAUAGAGAAGAGGUGCAUGGGGAAGCAAAGAUGUGCUGUUACCAUAUCCAACACUAACUUUGGGCGAGACCCAUGUCCAAAUGUGUUGAAGCGACUAUCUGUGGAAGCUGUAUGUGCUCCUACGACUACAGCAGCAGCUGCACAACCCAAUUGGAGGGGUUGAUUUAGCUGCUUAUGAAGGGUUGAAUUCAAUGACUUAAACAAAAGCAAGCAAAGGGAUAAUAGGGAAAGAAGUACUUUUUCAGGUUGUAUCUGAUGAUUUGGUUUUCAUAUUGAGUGAUUUUCUCGUCAAGGGUGAGUGUGGUGCCAAAGGCAAUAGGGUUUGAGGUAGGUCGUAGAGUUUGUAAAUGCCAGGGUUCUGCAAUCUAGGCCCUGAGGCCCAUUCCCAUUCCUGGCAUUUUAACUGGAAAUGGGUUUUGGGAAAAAUAGAUCCAUUUAUAUCCUGUAAUGUAAUUUAUUUCAGUUUGUUAUAUUGGGGAAAAAUCAAACCCCACUUAGGAUCUUGUUUUGUGACCUGGUGUGACAAGUGCCUCCUGUAAUACAUGGCCAAUUUGAACGAAAAGAAUUUGUUCACAUUUUGCUUUCGAAAAUGGGGUAGAUCUCCUUCACCUUUUGUUUGA